AUGGAAUCUCUUUCCAGCAACAGUGGAAGUGACAGUGCUGAUGUCGAUGAAGCUAUGGCAGAGGAGGAUCACGAAAAAAUACACAAGAAAGACAACAUUGAUGAUGUCAAUGCUGCUGAGCAAGAAAUGAUGGAAGUCGACUUCGCAGCAGACGCGAUGGAAAUGGCCGAAAUGGCUGACAUGCAAGAGCAGGAUGCUGAAAUGGAUAUGGCCAUGAACGAAUUGGGCAAUGAAUAA